AUGGAUUAUGCUUUUCGUAUAAGAUGUGAUUUAAUCGAAAAACCAAAUGCUCAACUUGUAAUCACGGCUUAUCCUAUCACAAGCGGCAAACGUCUGCGAAAAGAGAUUAUUUUCAAUUUUAAUGAUGUGGAAGUUUGUGAAAAGCUUCAUAAUGAAAUAAGGAAACGAAUCACAAGACCUAAACCUCCACAUCUGCUCAAAAGCAAACCUAAUAACAAGGUUCUAAUAAUAACUAACCCGUUUAGUGGGCAAAAGAAGGCACUGCAAUUGUGGAAUAACUAUGGAGCUCAUGUUCUUCAAGAAGCUCAGCUAGAGUUUGAUCUUAUAAUGACAGAAAGGCCAGGGCAUGGAACCGAAAUAGCCCAAACUUUGAGAAUUGAUGACUAUGAUGCUAUAGCUGUAAAUAGUGGAGACGGCCUUAUUUCCGAGGUGAUCUGUGGGCUUCUUCUAAGGAAGGACAGAGAGAGAGCCUUGAAGAUUCCUAUUUGCCACAUUCCAGGUGGAACCAGUAAUGGAUUAGCCGCGUCUAUUCUUUUUGCAUGCAAUGAGCCUUUCUCUGCUCGCGAUGUGUUCAUAACAGAAUGUGUCAACAUGCUGGUUCAUCCCAUAUUCAUAAACUUGCCUCUUUUCACUGUCGAGACCGAACAGGAUGGAUUAAAGCCUAUGUUCAUGACAGCCACUUGGGGAUUGAUAGCUGAUAUAGAUAUUGGAAGUGAAAGAUUCCGAUGGGCCGGCAUGGCCAGGUUGCAUAUAGAAGCCAUCCUUCGGAUUUUACAACUUCCCACUGUGGCGAAGUAUAACGCCAAAGUGUCAUAUGUGCCGGUGAAUGACAAAGAGACUUCUCGUAAAUCUACUCUCUCUUAUGACGUGGAUCGAUCCCGUUUUGGGGACAAGCAUUUCACCUUUGACUCAGUGACAGAGGCAAGCUCAGAAGUUUCGUCUAAGGACCCUUCCCAAGGAUUCACAAAUAUUAAUGAGGCGUUAGAAGGGCAUGGAAAUGAAUAUCCUAAGUUAAAUGAACCACUCGGGCCGGAAUGGGAAACAGUUGAAGGAUGCUGGGCCAUGGUGAACGUUACAUCAACUUCUCACUUAGGUUCUGACUUGCCUUACAUGCCAGCAGCACAACUUGAUAAAGAUAUCAUAUACUUAACACUACUCGACUGGAACACAAUCAAGUCGAGAUUUCAUGUAGCCGAUUUGUUCAUAAGAAUGAAUAACUGCAUUCAUCUGUCUUAUCCAUGUCUACAGAUCAUCCCAGUGAAAGCUGUGCGGGUUGAGCCACAAACGAAGUCCGGGUACUUUGCCAUAGACGGGGAGCCAUGUACAAAUGGUUCUGCAUUCCAAGUUUUUCCUUUCAUGCAUAAAGCAACUAUAAUCGGCAGGAACAAAUAA